CAGCCGUAUCUGGGGCGAUUCCGUAGAAAAUCACUUUGAUCUAUUUCCCAGACCGAUAAUUGAUAUUCAAUCGAAAUAUCUGGUUGAUGAGCUUCACCUCUCACUUAUAAGGGGAUUCUGGGACGACAAAUUGUGGGGACCUAUUUUUGAUAGUGCUGCUCCCGGUGGCGCUGAGGUUUGGGCUUGGUUCGAACCCAACAAAAAUGUUGAUCUUUUGUGGUCGGAGAUGAUGCACGCUUUAUCUGGACUAUUAUGUGCUUCCCUAAAUCAAUUGUCAUCAUCGAACCAAUAUAUUCGUCCCAGAUGGUCUUACCGCCCCAGUGGUCUAACGAGCAACAAUAUUUCAUCAAGACCUGAUUUGUAUCUUAGAUACGCUCAACUUCCAGGUGAAACAGUGUGUACAGAGAACCUUACGCCUUGGUCGAAAUUACUUCCCUGCAAAACCUUGGCUGGCCUUGCAAGUCUUCUCCAUCCUACCUCUCUUUACAAGUCCAAUUACAAGUCUCUCAAGAUGGACAUUAGAAAAAUGUGUUGGGACGAACCGUGCAAUUACAUUGGCUUAGAGCUAAGACAAACACUUACUGUCGUUUUCGAUCGUCGGUUUCAUUAUUCGACAAUUCAAGGUAAUUCCCUUGGUCCCCAAGUGCUUUGCUGGGCGGAACGAUUAAGAAUCUUUGUCCAGUUGCCGAUACAAGUCGUAUUUAUAUCCUGA